AUGGACCGCGAGGCGGAGGCCGCAACCCGCAACAUGGUGUCGGCCGACGACCAUGCAUACUUGGACUCUAACCCCCAAAGCCCAGCGGCAUCGGAACUCUCGAACAGAUCUAACGAGGAACCCAGGGACCUGGAACUCAGAGAUCUCAUUAAAAAUCUACCUUCGAAAACGGACCUUGCCGCCAUGAUCAACAAAUUGGAGGCUUCAUUCCACGCGAAAAUGGAGGCCGUUAAUUCGGAUCUGCAACAAAUAAAACAUAGAGUCACUGACUUGGAAGAGGAAAAAGACGUCCAGCAAUCUCAAAUGCUUCAUUUUUCCUCUGUUAUGGAUUCCCACAUGCACUUUAUGACUGACAUACAAAGACAACUGGACGACCUCGACAACAGAGGUAGGAGAAAUAACCUGAGGGUGAGGGGACUUCCCGAAUUACAAGGAGAAGACCUAACAUCCACGCUCACAGAUUUAUUCAAUCUAAUACUGGGUUUGGAUCCAGGCAAUAAAAUUAUUUUAGACAGAGCGCACAGGUCUCUAAAACCAAGAGGUCCAGCAGCAGAGAUGCCACGCGAUGUCAUUUGCAGGUUACAUUACUAUACAGAAAAAGAAAGCAUUUUAAGAGCCUUAAGGGAUACCAACCCCCCCUCCUGUACUGGGGCCAUGCUGUACAGAUUUUCCCAGACCUAUCCUGGCUCACUCUGCAGGCAAGACGAACCCUGAAACCAAUAACAGAACACCUCCGCAACCGAGAAAUCCGAUACAGAUGGGGAUUUCCAUUUGCACUGAUCGUGAGUCACAAGGGAACGACCCACAGUAUAACGUCUCACCUGGAUGUGCAACCGUUUCUAAGAGCUCUGGACUUGCCAGAUACGCAGAUACAGGCUUGGUACGCUCCCUAUAAUCACCUAGACUCCGCACAGCCCAUGAGAAGCAUCACACCGCAGAAGAAGAGAAGAACAGAUCCGCGACUCACCUCUCCACUGAGGACGCCGAGACAAGAGAGGCGAAGGAGAGUGGAGUGAAAGGAUCCUUCUGUCUCCACUAUCGCCCCAUGCCCUUUCACACCUCUUUCCCACUCCUUUCCUCUCUACUUCCUACGAACUCUUGGACCUACCAGUUGAUAUAUCUCGCAACUACUAGAAACCCUGGACAAUAA